AUGGGUGAUUUAACAGAGGCUGAAAAACGUGAAAGACGUAGACAAAAACGUCAACAACGCAUUUUGAACUCGAGUGAGGAUCGUCUCAGUAAAAUCACUGGUACAGCUUUUCCUCACCGUGCAAGUCCCUCUCCUGUACCUUCUCCUUCCAUAUCUUCAAAGACAGAUACACCAUUACCUUCAAAGACGAGUCAACGUAGAUUUAGUCAUAGUGACGAUCCCAGUGAUGAGUUAGGCGCGCCUGCACCAUUGAACAACGGCACUAAUACUGACGCUAUGGCAAAUUUACUUCAACAGCAAAUGGCUAGCAUGUUCGGUAGUAGUAGUAGUGCCGAACCCGACAGCAUCAGGCCUGUUGGUUUUGAUAGAGAUCCUUUAGAGCAAUUGUUCGCUUCGGCAAACAGUAGCAAUAACAAUACAGGAUUAAAUCCUGCUAAUAUGCUAGCACAAAUGAUGAUGAUGAACGGUAAUAGUGGCACUACCAAUAGUACUUUAACACCAGAGCAAUUACAACAACAGCAGCAGGAAGUAAAUCAGAGUCGAAAGUAUUGGAACUUACUUCAUCUAUUGAUAAUGAUUACAUUAAGCUUAUUUGCCGUUUACAAAGAGUGGAGUUUCUUUGGAGCAUCACAAUACGCCUCAUUAUUAACACAACCUUACAAAUCGAACUACUCAUUAAAUUUAAAUAUGCCAUUAUUUUGGUACUUUGUCACUAUAGAAUUAUGCUUACAAACAGCGCGUUUAUUUUAUCAAAAAGGCAGAGUGCCACCUACAUCUACUAUUGCAACAUUGGCUAAUCAAUUGCCGCCUCCUUUCAGCAGUAUUAUCAAUAUAAUAUUUCGCUAUAAAUUGAUCUGGACAACAUUUAUACAUGAUAUUUGUAUUCUAAUCUUCAUUAUUGGUAUUUCUCAAGUUAUAUCCAAUGUAAUGUAA